AUGACUCAAAGGAGUCUUAAUGCGAUCGAUCGCCCACGCCACGGUAAAGCCUGCAGUCGCCAACUCAAACACCCCAAACUGUUACAGAUUGCUCGCAAGGCCUUCCGAUCGAGCAGAUCUUCGGUAACUCGAAAAACAACCAAACUAGUACAGAUUGCUCGCAAGGCUACAGAUUGCUCGCAAGGCUACAGAUUGCUCGCAAGGCUACAGAUUGCUCGCAAGGCUACAGAUUGCUCGCAAGGCCUUCCGACUGAGCAGAUCCAGUUCCCGCCGGCUUGCUCGCGACUCCGCCCCUCUCGUCCUCAACUAGUCGAGCUAGUCAAGGAGAUCAUCAAAUUCAGACCAAUGCCUUCAACCUCGAGCGAUUCUAGCCUCUCAGAAUUGGAUUCAAACCUAUCUGGACUCAGCCUGGUCUCUGACUCCGACAACGAGCCUCUGAGCAACGGGCACCAAAUGCACCCCCCACCGCCAGAAGAAACGAUGGAGGCCGCCUCAGAUGCAACCACUGACUCGGAUGACAAGCCCCUUAUUAACCGCUGCCAAGAUCAGCCCCCACCGCCUGAAGAAAUAAAGCAGGCCCCCUUGGUUGCAAUGACUGACUCCGACGACGAGCCCCUGAUUAACCGCUGGCCAGUGCAUCCCCCACCGGCAAAACAUGCAAGUGAGGCCACCCCGGCUGACUCCGAUGACGAGUCCUUGAUUAACCGCUGGCCAGUGCAUCCAGUGCAUCCCCCACCAGCAAAAAGUGCAAUGGAGGCCACCCGGGCUGACUCUAACGACGAGCCCCUCAUCAACGGGCACCCGGUAGCUCCCAAACAUCGUGAUUCUCAACAUCAUUUGGCUGUUGGGAACAUUCCUGCUAGGAGGAAAUACAUCAGGAAAAAAACUGCGUAUGUAUUCACAUCCAAUGCUGAAAUCACAAAAGGGCUAACUUGGACCUUUUGA